AUGAGGAUGGCCCAGGACGGACAUCGAGGACUCUGUGACCACUCUCUAAAGUAUUUAAGCUCAAGAAUCACUGAGCGGAAGCUGCAGGGCACUUGGCUGCCUGCGGGUCAAGGGACGCUGGAGAAACCAUUGCUGGGGCCUCGCAGCUCCGUGGUGCCCGUGUUCAGCCCCCAGAACGGCCUCCACUCCCUCCCCGGUGAGAGCAGCCCGCUGAAGCCCAGGGUGGUGACGGUGGUGAAGCUGGGCGGGCACCCCCUCAGGAAGGUCACCUUGCUUCUGAACCGGCGCUCGGUGCAGACCUUCGAGCAGCUCGUCGCCGACAUCUCGGAAGCCUUGGGCCUUCCCAGGUGGAAGAAUGACCGGGUGAGGAAGCUCUUCAACCUCAAGGGCAGGGAAAUCAAAAGCGUCUCCGAUUUCUUCCGAGAAGGGGAUGCCUUCAUAGCAGUGGGCAAAGAGCCUCUGACGCUGAAGAACAUUCAGAUGGCCAUCGAAGAAGUGUACCCCAACAAAGGCCGGGCCUUGACACUGACCCCCCACAGCAGGGCCCCGUCCCCGAGGCUGAGGAGCAGGCUUUACAGCAGGGCUCUGAAAGGGGGUCACCACUGUGGGGAGACUGAGGGCACCAAGAGCUGUGGUGAGGCUGGGGCCAAGGUGGGGGCCAGACACCCUGGGAAGCCCUCCGAGGAGCCAGCACUGGAGGAAAAGGCCAGGGCCCAGAAGAACUGGGGGAGAGGGAAGUGGGAGCCCGAAUCCAGCUGUAAGCCCCCCAGGGAAGUCACCUUGGAGGAGAAGCCUGCGAGUGGAGAGAAGCACCUGGGGGUGGAGAUAGAGAAAACAUCUGGGGAGAUCAUCCGGUGUGAUAAGUGUAAGAGGGAACGGGAGGCCCAGCAGAGGGAGAGGCUGUCGGCCGGGGCCAGUGAGCUGGACCUGGCCAAGGCCUCGCCCUACCACCCCGAAAAGCUGGUGAGGACCAGGAGCUGCAGGAGGUCCACAGAGGUGCACCCCCUGGGUGGGGAGGACCUAUGGCAGGGUGAUAGCCACAGGGGCAGCCCCAGGAAUCCCACCCAGGACCCCAGGAAGCCCAGCAAGCAUGCGGAGAAGAAAGAGGAGAGAAACGCAGAAAGUGCAGACGAGCAGGCCCCAGGGACAGCCAGGCCCAGGAAGGAAUCUGGGGAGACACAGCCGCCCCCUGAUGAGGCCUCGAGGGAAGGGAGGCGAGGAGACACCCGGAUGGUCAGCCGGAGCAAGCAGGGUGGCUGGCCGCUGAGCGAGCCCAGGGCCGAGGCCGACAGGCUGCAGAGGCCCCCGGUGGAGGACAGGGACAGGGAUGGGAGGGACAAGAAGACCUGUGGGCCUGCAGGGAAGAAAGGGCUGCUGCAAGACGGACCUGCAAGGGGGGACAGGGACCCCAAGACCCGGACGGAAGAGAGCAAGCCCGAUCGCCCCCCUGGCCGGAGGGCACGACCCCCAGGCAUUGUGGCCGGAGACGUGGCCGAGCACUACGAGGCCGGCAGGGUCAUCGGCGACGGCAACUUUGCGGUGGUGAAGGAGUGUCGGCACCGGGCCAGCGGGCAGGCCUACGCCAUGAAGAUCAUCGACAAGGCCAAGCUCAAGGGCAAGGAGGACAUGGUGGACAGCGAGAUCGCCAUCGUGCGGAGCCUCUCGCACCCCAACAUCGUGCAGCUGCACGAGGUCUACGAGACGGAGGCGGAGAUGUACCUGAUCCUGGAGUACGUGCGCGGAGGCGACCUCUUCGACGCCAUCCUCGAGAAGGUCAAGUUCACGGAGCGCGAGGCUGCGCGCCUGGUCACCGACCUGUGCCGCGCGCUCGUCCACCUGCACGCGAAGGGCGUGGUGCACCGCGACCUCAAGCCUGAGAACCUCCUGGUUCAGCGAAAUGAGGACAAAUCUACUACCUUGAAGCUUGCUGAUUUUGGUCUUGCAAAGCUUGUGGUGAGGCCCAUAUUUACUGUGUGCGGGACUCCAACCUACGUGGCUCCUGAAAUUCUUUCUGAGAAAGGUUAUGGGCUGGAGGUGGACAUGUGGGCAGCGGGAGUAAUCCUCUACAUCCUGCUGUGUGGCUUCCCUCCCUUCCGGAGCCCAGAUCGGGAUCAAGAUGAACUCUUUAACAUCAUCCAGCUGGGCCACUUUGAGUUCCUCUCCCCUUACUGGGACAAUAUCUCUGAAGCUGCCAAAGAUCUCGUGAGCCACUUGCUGGUGGUGGAUCCCAAAAAGCGCUACACGGCCCAGCAAGUUCUCCAGCACCCCUGGAUCGAAGCUGCUGGAAGGGCAAGCACAGGGACCCUGCGGAAGGAGGUGCCCCUUGGCAGCGAGGGCCACCUGCGAGGCCAGCUCACAAAGGCUGCGGGGGAGACGUCGUCCUCAUCAUCUGGGCGCCUGUCCAGCUCCCUGCUCUGCUCAAGGACAGUGAACAUGCGGAAGAUGGAGAGAGACUCAGAAAAAGGGGCUUCUUGA